CUUGGUGUAUGUUGCAUUGUCACCCGCCACUCCUUUUGUCUCUCGGGUGUGCGCACGUAGCCUCGCUGGGAUAUAAAUACCCCUACUCUCCUCACCUUUCCGUCAAGACAACGCACCGUUCCUCUUGUCCCUCAUAGAAUGCCUCGACUACUUUCCUGCAGCCACUCUGCACGAUCGCGUACUAUCUCGCCGCCGCUCGCCUUGCUUCCUCUGCGCACGUCACCACUCCUCCUAACCGUCCUCCGAACGCCUUGUCAGCUUUCUGGGAUGGUGAGCUGCUGCAAAAGCCACUCCAGAACCGAAGCGCACCACAGGUGUACAUCGUGCGAGUAUCAGAAGCCACUAUUCCUGGAAAACAAAGUCAACCAGAAAGGGGAGCAGUCCAGCCUGAAAUCCCCGUUGCUGCGUGAAGGAACACACGGGCCAUGUAUGUCGCAGAGUAGUCGAUGCCCAGAUAUCUCCUGCAGCGGCGACGAAGAGCUAGGACUCAGGACGAUCAAAGACGGACAAGGUCAUUUGCACCCGACCCUCGUGGACAACGGUACGCGCGAUUUAAUACCGAACAUCGAUGUUGGCGACUGGGCGACCAAAGCUGGUGGAUUAAGGACCAGGCGCGAACCGCUGGAUGAGUAAAUGUGUCACCGCGUUAUGCGGUUUUGCGCACAUUCACAGGCAACUGGAGCUCUCCCGCUUGCGCUUCUGAACCAGCGCGGGGAACUCAAAUCGUUU